AAUAAAGAGCAGCAGCUGAUACAAGCGCACGUCUAAAAUAUUUUAGGUUAAUUUACCAGCUUUGGUAGAGUUGCAUGUUUAUUGCACUAUUUUCUCUCACUUAAUAAACUAAUAAAUUGUUUUAGGAACUCAGCCAACUUCAACAUGUCAAUCGGAACAUUAUUUUUCAACCACAGAAGAAAUUGAUUUAGCUUUAGUAAGUUGUUGAAUUGCUAUCAUUCCUUUCAUAUGUAUCUUUUUUAUUUCUCAUUUAAAAAAAAUAUUCGGUAUGAUGAUGUUAAAAUAAUUUAUAGCUACUGCUAUGACUGUAUUUGUGUGGCGCUUCAAAGUAUUUCAAACAGUUAUUCGUUCAUAUAGUUCAACUCACAAUAUAAAUUUGAAAGUUCGCUUCAUGGAAAAACCAACAGCUUAUUUUCGUCUACCUGAUGGAUGUGAAACAUUUCAGGUUAGUUUUCUGUACAAAAAUGAAACAUUAAAUAUAGAACGUGAGUGUAAUUUUAAUAGGAAACUGAGUGAAAAAAUUGGAGAUUUUUUGAAUAGAGUUAAAGUAAACAUAAAUAAAUUAAAAUCUUCCAAACGUAAGAAGAAACAAAAAGGACAGACAGGGCUAGAAGUUGAUAGUUGUGAAUCCUCGGCAGGUCUACUUCAAGAUGGUUUUUUGAUUGAUCAUGAGACAAUCUGCAAGGAUGCAAUCUUCUUUAACAAAGCUCCGGAGACCUUGAUACUUAAUAUAAAUGAUGUGGAAUAUUCUGUAUCUAUAAAUUCACCCUGGGUAAAUGAACUAAGUUUGCCAUCAAGCAUGCUAGCUGGAUUUGUUAUAUACCCUUCUAAGUUUAAAGUUUUGUUCACUGAACAAAAAGAUUGUUCAUUUACUUGGUUGAGAAAAAAAAGCAAACAUGCUCCACGAAGUGAAGAAACUGGAUGGGAAAGAGUUGGAGAUGGCUUCAUCUAUUCUUCAAAAAAUGAAGAUAUUGGAUAUUAUUUGAAACUGAUCUGUGAACCAAGCAAUAAUAAUUUGAAGGGUCCUGAAGCAUCAACUGUCUCUACAGACCCUGUUGAAGCUGGUCCGGGACUGUGUCCAUUCGAGAGUCGUCACCCAUUCACCAGUACACGGUUGUCCGGAAAUGAGUUUCGUGUGAUCACUUACAAUAUCCUUUCUGAUAUUUACACAGAAACUGCGGAAGCUCUCAGUCAUUUAUUCCAUUAUUGCCCCCGUUAUGCUCUGAAAAUGGAUUAUAGAAAACAACUGCUUAUCAAAGAAAUACUAGGAUAUAAUGCUGACUUGAUAUUCUUGCAAGAGGUGGAUGAGUUCUUCUUCAACAGAGAUUUGAAGUAUGUAUUGGGCCCCGCCGGCUACGAAGGGUGUUUCGCACUGAAAGGAAGUACUGUGAAGGAAGGUGUUGCUUGCUUCUAUUCUAACGAUAGAUUCAAGCUGUUGCACUCUGAAUCGAUUAUACUGGGAGAAGUUAUUCAAAAUAAUCAUUGCUUGAAUGAGAUAUGGGAAGUUAUAAGCAAAAAGGAAGCCCUCAAACUGCGUGUGAUUGAUAGGCAUACAACAUUACAGAUACUGACUUUGGAAAGUUUAGACAAAUCAGAUGAAUUACUUGUAGUUGCCAACACUCAUCUAUAUUUUCAUCCCGAUGCUGAUCACGUUCGAUUAAUCCAGGCCGGAAUAUCUAUAAAGUACAUCACUGACUACAUAGACAAAUUGAAGAAAGAAACUCGUCGAAAUGUGUCUCUCAUCUUCUGUGGUGACUUCAACAGUGUUCCAGAGUGCGGAAUUUACAAACUCAUGACAACUGGUCUUGUACCAGAUGAUUACAUUGAUUGGAAAAGCAAUAAAGAAGAAGCAGUAGAAGGUCUUAGUCUGAAUCAGCCUUGGAGGAUGGCAAGCGCUUGUGGUACCCCGCAGUACACCAAUUUCAUCCAGGCAUUCUCUGGCUGUCUCGACUACAUCUUCUAUCAAACCGAUCGGUUGGCUGUGACUCAGGUGGUGCCAUUCCCUACUGAAGAAGAACUGAGGCAGCAUACAGCACUUCCCAGUGUCGUAUUUCCUUCCGAUCAUAUCGCUUCAAUUGCAGAUCUGCGUUGGACUAGUUGAACACUUACAUCAAUUUAUGUAAAUAUAGCAACAAUAUAAAUAUAUUGUUUUGGGAUAA